CUAGCUCCAUGUACUAAACAGGAACCAGUUAUCCCCGGGUGCUUUCUAAGGGCUAAAGCAAUUGGCCUUAUGCCCAUGAUUGAUCAGGGAGAGAAAGAUGACAAGAUAAUUGCUGUCUGUGCUGAUGAUCCUGAAUAUCGUCACUACACAGACAUUAAGGAGUUUCCACCUCAUCGUUUGGCUGAGAUCCGCCGUUUCUUUGAAGAUUACAAGAAAAACGAGAACAAGGAUGUUGCAGUAGAUGAAAUUCUACCAGCCACGAAGGCUUAUGAAGCAAUCCAGGGUUCCAUGAACCUAUAUGCAGACUACAUAGUGGAGAACUUGAGGCGGUAGUUUGUUCGCUUGCAUGGACUAAGUGGUGUGCCAAUAUGCAUAAUUAAGCAGUUUUGCUUUGGAAAAAAGAAUUAAUAUUACCGCCUUGAAUAUGUUCUAUACUAUAUUUGGAGAUGAUAGUUCAUUUCAUGAUGAUAUAUUUUGAUUAUAUACAUUGCUAUUAAUAAAUAUUGUAACCCUCAAAUUAAUUUCCAAUUUACAUGUUUAUUAAAAAGGUGUGGAUUCAAUUCUCCUUUAUAGGCAUUCUGAAGAGCAAUUUGUAAGAUCUCUUGUUUGUGAUUAUCAAUUUGUUGGGCUACUCUCUCCUUGAAUAUGAUUAACCAUUCUUUAUCA